AUGGCUCCCCACAGUCUUGCCGCGCUACUGCUGGUCGCGAGCGUUUUCGUGUGCCAGGUGGUUGUGACCCUGGGGUUCAUCGCGCCCAAGGCUUCUGUCGCCGUUGGAAGUAGCGCCGGCGAGGGCUUCCUAGGGGAGACAUUGCAGCAGAAAGGGCUCAGGCGCGGGCAGGGCUGUAUGGUUUCUUCGAGGCCGGACAGCAGAGGUGGUGACGGGGCUACCAUGCGCCUUGGGCUCUCCGGCAAGAAGACGACGCCGAACCUCAAGGCUUCCCCGCCGCUCAAGGUGGCUCUGCUGGUGGAGCCCACCCCCUUCACGCACAUCAGCGGCUACUCAAACCGCUUCCGCGAGAUGCUCAAGUUCCUGUCCAAGGCCGGGGACGAGGUGGAGAUUUUGACGACGGAUGACAAGGAUGACAGGCCGGAGUCGCACCUCAACUUCCCCAUCACUACAACCGCCGGGUUCCGCUUCAUCUUGUACAACCAGGCAUGUGCAACGUUGAAUGUGGUGGUGUAUGCAUGUUUUGUUCUCAUCAGUCGAAACCAGCAAAGGGGGAAUUGUAGUAUUGAGAGUAGUUUGUAG